AUGAAGGGAGACCCUUCUAAAAGAGACACUAGUAAAUACUGCGCAUUUCACGGGGAGCAUGGUCAUUACACCAACAACUGCAACGCUUGGAAAAGGCACUUUGAGGAGCUGGUCAGAGAGGGCCAUUACACAGACUGCCAAGGAACCUCCCCAAAAGGUCAUUCGAAUCAACACUAUUCUAGCCGACUCCCAAGAGUCCGGGCUGACCACCAAGGAGUGCAAGAGAAAGAUCGCUCAGGAAACUAUGUCUCCCAAGUCACAACGGGAGUACCAGCCAUUGUGGAUACACCCAUCAUCGGCUUCCAGAAGAAGGACUUGAUCGGGCUUGACCUGCGACAUAAUGCUGCCCUAGUCAUCUGCAUCCAAAUUGAACAAGCUGUGAUCGAGCGAGUUCAUGUAGAUGAGGGCAGCGCAGCCAACAUCCUGCAACUAUCUGUUAUCCAACAGAUGGGGUUCGAGCCCAAGAUUAGCAAACUUGCCAGAUCGCUCACCGGCUUCAAUAGGGCCACAUCAAUCACUGUUGGAAUGAUCGACCUGGAUGUCCACUCACCCCUAGUGGUCUGCUCGCAAACCUUCAUGGUCAUCGACGAGGUUUCCCCCUACAACGGAAUCUUGGGCCGACCGUGGAUCACCAAGAUCAAGGCCAUCACAUCUGCUCUACAUCAGAAGAUCCGUUAUCCCAUCCUUGGGGCCGGGAUCGGGCAGAUCAACAGUGACCAAGCCAUGGCAAGGAGAUGCACAGCCCAAGGGCUCAAGAAGAGCAAGCAGCUGCAGUUCACACUAGUAAUGCAAGCUGCCAACGAGGCAGGAAGCGCUCUUAGCAGACAAGCAAACCCGAAAGGGAAGGAAGUUGCUCCAGACAAAGAGGCGCAGAUCGGCUCAUGCCAGAAUCCAAACAAGAAGGAUCGAGACGAGGGAAUCCGCUGGGAAGGCUCUCUUGAAGAAGGUUGGAAGCCUGAGGAAGACGUUGAGUUAGUACCCCCAAAUCCUGAUCAGCCAGAUAAGGAGGCACAGAUCGGCUCGGGUCAAAAUUCAAACAAGAAGGAUCGAGACGAAGGAAUCCGCCCGGAAGGCUCUCUUGAAGAAGGUUGGAAGCCUGAGGAAGACGUUGAGUUAGUACCCUUCGAUCCUCACCAGCCAGACAAGAAAGCGCGGAUCGGCUCGCGCCUAAGCCCAGACGAGAAGAUGGAGCUGACCAUCUUCCUCCAGAACAACAAAGACAUGCUCGCGUGGUCACCAUCUGACAUGCCCGGCAUCGACCCAAACAUCAUCUGCCAUCGGCUCCAUGUCAACCCUGCUAGCAAGCCCGUGGUGCAGAAGAGACACAACUUUGCUCCUGAGCGGGUCGUGAUCAUUGAAGCCGUGAUCGACAAGCUCCUAGCUGCCGAUUUCAUUGAGGAGGCCUCCUACUCGGAAUGGCUGACCAACGUUGUUCUGGUGGAAAAACAAGAAAAGGAAAAAUGGAGAGUAUGUGUCGAUUACACCGACCUCAACAAAGCAUGCCCUAAAGACAACUUCCCAUUGCCGAGAAUCGACAAGCUCGUGGAUUCAACUUCCGGCAACCAGCUGCUCAGUUUCAAGGAUGCUUACUCCGGCUAUAAUCAAAUUAUGAUGUACGAUGAUGACAAGGCGAAGACUUCUUUCAUCAUCGAAAGAGGGACCUACUGCUACAAGGUCAUGCGCUUUAGGCUAAAGAACGCCGGAGCAACCUACCAAAGGCUCGUGAAUAAAAUUUUCAAGGCACAGAUCGGCAGAACCAUGGAGGUGUACGUGGACGAUAUGCUGGUUAAAGCCCCCAAGCGAGCAGACCACCUCAAAAACCUCACCGAGGCGUUCAGCUUGCUCCGCCAAUAUUGCAUGAAGCUGAAUCCAAGUAAAUGCACGUUCGGUGUAUCGUCUGGCCGGUUCCUAGGGUACUUAGUGACGCCUUCCACAGUGAAGGAAAUACAAAGCUUGACGGGCAGAGCAACGACCCUUAACAGAUUCCUCUCAAAAUAUACCGACAAGUGCAGACCAUUCUUCAAAGCUUUGAAGAAAAGAUAA